AAAAGAAAAGAAAAGAAACCGUCUUCUGUCUCUGUCUAACUGCAAAUCCAACACCUACCUUAAAAACGAGGUUUUUAGGGUUUUAGAAAUCCCCCGACUCAAAUUUCAAGUACAACUUUUAAACACACCUCUUUCUUCCCCAGUAAUGGCUACCGAUGCCCUUGCAGUGAGGCAAAAAGUUCAACUGUUUCUUAAUGCUGCCCGUACUGGGAAUCUUGAUCUCUUCAAGAAUUUGGCGGAACAGCUUGAUGACGGGAAGGGAUUGGCACAAACCGUGGCGGAUGUUAAGGAUGCGAACAAACGAGGGGCUCUUCAUUUUGCUGCGAGGGAAGGCAAGACUGAGGUCUGCAAGUACCUGUUGGAGGAAUUGAAUCUCAAUGUGGAUGUGAAAGAUGAUGAUGGCGAGACUCCUCUAAUUCAUUCUGCUCGGCAAGGACAUACUGCAACUGCCAAAUACCUGAUUGAGUGUGGUGCCAAUCAUGCUAUACCCAGUGAACUCGGUGCCACGGCACUGCAUCAUGCUGCUGGAUUAGGAGACAUUGAGUUGCUGAGGUUCUUACUUUCCAAAGGUGUAAACGUUGAUUCACAAAGUGAUGCUGGUACUCCUCUGAUUUGGGCUGCUGGUCAUGACCAACCAGAUGCGGUGAAACUUUUGCUAGAGCACCACGCUGAUCCUAAUGUAGAAACUGAUGAUGAUAUCACUCCGCUAUUGUCAUCUGUAGCUGCAGCUUCACUGCCCUGCUUAGAGCUGUUGAUUCAGGCAGGUGCUGCUGUGAAUGUUACUGCAGGAGGAGCAACUCCUUUACACAUCGCUGCUGAUAAUGGGAGCCCAGAAAUUAUAAAUUGCUUAUUAAAAGCUGGAGCUGAUCCCAAUGUCACUGACGAGGAUGGAUUGAAGCCAAUACAGGUUGCGGCUGCAAGAGGUAAUCGGAGGGCCGUUGAGAUUCUUUUUCCCUUAACAUCACAAUUGCAAACUGUUCCAGAUUGGUGUGUUGAUGGAAUACUUGAACAUAUGCAAGCUGAAACUGGCAAAAUACAGGAAGAAACAAGAAAUCUAAAGGAAGAUAACAUAUUGAAGGAUGCUAUCACCUCAGGGCAAGAUAAGCCUCAGGUGACGCCUGAGGCAAAGCAGAAAGCUGCAGAUGCGAAAGCAAGAGCAGAGUAUGCUUUCAAACAGAAGGACUAUUUAAUGGCUACAGAUGCUUAUACACAGGCAAUUGAUUUGGACCCCACUGAUGCUAUUUUGCUUUCUAAUAGAAGCCUUUGUUGGAUCCGUUUGGGGCAAGCUGACCAUGCUUUAGCCGAUGCAAAGGCCUGCAGAGCACUAAGACCGGAUUGGCCAAAGGCUUGCUACCGGGAAGGUGCAGCUUUACGUCUAUUGCAGAAAUUUGACGAAGCAGCCAACUCUUUUUACGAGGGUGUGCAGCUAGACCCUGAAAAUAAGGAGCUUGUAAAUGCUUUCAGGGAAGCUGUUGAAGCUGGGAGGAAGUUUCAUGGUACAGAAAAACAAAAAGCAUAGUGGUUCUUUCAACAUACAAGAAGAGAGAGUGACCGAACCAAUCCUUCGAUGACAGCUGUGCAAUUUUGUUUAAGUUAAUGACAUAUUGUGGGUUAUUUUAUGUGUGGCUUAGUCUAUUUUCUUUUUCUUAGUAACCCCUGCAAAAACGUGUAUAGAACACAUAUUUUAUGAAAUUGGGCGGUUAGAUGAUUAUUUUUUAAUCAAUUUUGUGAAUGUGAGUGGUA